CGCAAUUACACACACAGACCGGCAGGGGGCGCUGUGAGAGACUCCCAGUCUCUGUGGUCGCUUUCUGGUCCCAUGAAUGAGUCACUCCGUGCGGUGUCGCAGUGUUUACACUCCGGGUGUGUAGCAUGGACCCGAUACGAGGGUUCCGGGAGGCUGUGCGCAGAAUGUGAUUAUACUGACAGUUCCCGGCCCAGUGAUGGCUUUCCCGGCCGGUGACGGAUCCCUGAGGCCGCUGCAGAGAGCCAUGCAGCUGGCGAACAGAGCCAUCCAGAUGGACACUGGCAACCGGCACCGGGAGGCCUAUGUGGGAUAUUUGAGGAGUGUGAAUUUUAUUUCCCAAGUCCUGGCUGAGGAAGCCGAGCAUAAAGCGAGCGACGCUCUGAGCUCAGACUCCCACAAGCUGCUGAAGCUGGCAGAGCAGUGUCUGGAGAGGGCGCGGACGACCGCUGACAAACUGGGUAAAACUGAUGUGGACGUAAUUUCGCUGAAAAAUCAUAUCAUUGAAGUCCCUGAUCCUCCACCCACUGCUGAUGUUCCUAACCCUGCACCUGCUACCACUACAACAUCUACAUCCAUAAAGUCUCGUCCUUCUUCUGGUCGUUUGUGGGGUCACCGUAGAGCUUGCUCAGACGAGGUCCAGAAGCUCGACUCUUUUCCAAGUCCAGAGGUUUUCCAGAUGCUCCGAGCAGCCGAGGCUCAGAGCUACAGAAAGGAGCUCACACCUCUGGAGGAGGCCUCCAUAGAAAACCAGAAGCUUAGAGCGGCAUACGAGGUCCGUCUGGCCAGACUAAACCCCAGGCAGGCCGCUCAGAAAACCUCCCUGACCCUCUCGCUCCAGCGAAAAAUGAUGGAGAAUCUGGUGAUAGCUAAGGCCAGGGAAGAGACUCUGCAGAGAAAAGCAGAGGAGCGCCGGCUGAGACUUCAAGGAGAGUCAAAUAGACGCUUCUCCAAAAACAAGCGGAUGACCCCAGAGGAGGAAGAGCAGAAGAGGCUGUACACUGCCGUCCUGGAAUAUGAACAGGAUUAUGAGUGGCCGAAGCUCUGCAAGGCGAAGAUUAAGAGCAGUCCCAGUGACGCAGUUCCGCUUUCCAGCUACGUUUACCAGAUCCUCAGCACCGCUGAUCAUCCGAUUGCCAAACUUUUAAUACGUCUCCAGUGCCAGAUAUACAGCCACAUAUACCCGGCUAUCAGUAAAGAUCCCACCAAGGAAAGAUCAGCCUCCAGGCUCUGUCGCCGGUCUCUCCCCGUGGACCCUGUCUCCUUACCAGCCCCCAGCACGUCUCUACUGAAGUCAUCGCAGAGCUUACACUGCCUACCCGAGUCUCCCCGUCCCUCCAUCCAGCACAGCCGCUCUGUAGGUGAGGAGCUCGAGUGCAGAUUACUUCCUUGGAGCAGCCCGCCAGACGGGGAGAAGAAUAAAGACAUUGAAAGCUCAUUUGAGGACUUGGAACUGCUACUGUCACCUACACACCUCACACACCUCACAAGCCCGGAGGCACUGCAGAGACUAACCGCAUCACAGCACUUAAAGGUCGUGGUGAAAGAGAUUCACAAUGCCAGAGACUUGCUGCUGUCCUCUAUCGAGGUCUCUCUGGAUCUUCCUACGACCCCGAACAUUAAGGAAGUGUGCCUGGAAUGCUUAGAGGAAGCCUUCUUCCCAGCUCUGUGGCCGGCGCUAGUGUCUCUCUACAGGCAGGUGCUGUCUGCAAAGGAGGAAUCUCUGCUCCAAAUCAUGGACUUGUACAGCACAGCUGGACCAUCUGUGGUGGGGGUCUCCAAGAAGCUGUACCACCAAGAUAUGAAGGAGCCGUACAGAGCGGCUGUAGAAGAUCUGGUACAAGUGUGCCACCAGCGCCUGCCGCAGAGGAAGCUGGAGUGCAUCGUGAAGACGCUGCGUGGGAUCUGUGAGUGCACAGAGGAGUUCAGCACCGCCCCCGGGACUGCUGCCAUUGGGGCGGACGACCUGCUGCCCAUCCUGGCAUUUGUGGUGCUGAGAAGCCGCAUGUCCCAUUUGCUAUCGGAGUGUGCUGCUCUGGAGGAAUUUAUACAUGAGGGCUCCCUGAUUGGAGAAGAGGGAUACUGUCUGACAUCUCUGCAGAGCGCGUUGGCUUAUCUAGCCACUCUUCCCGUGCCGCCAACGUCACCACUUACUGUGGAAGGAUGAAGAAGAUGAAGAAACUAUUUAUGCUACAGCUGCAUCUGUCCUGUGGACUAGUCUAACUGUAUUAGGCACCUUAUGUCUGUGAAUAAAGAUAUUCUGCGACUGGCUGCUCCCAAGCCUGCAAAUGUGAAGUACUCCUGGUAAAUUCCACGUGCAAUGCAUUGUCUCAUGGGGGUCAUUCCGAGUUGAUCGUAGCUGAAGCUACGAUCAUUCACACUGACGUGCGGGGGGACGCCCGGCACAGUGCUAGCCCGCCCCGCAUGUCAGUGCCCCCCCGCAGAAGUGCAAAGGCACCUUUGCACUUCAAGAGUAGCUCCCAACCAGCGCAGCUUUAGCGUGCUGGCCGAGAGCUACUUGUCGCUCCCCGGCCCGCAGCGGCUGCGUGUGCUGUCACACAGCUGCCGCGUCCCCCCCCCAACGGUCCGGCCACGCCUGCAUUGUCUGAGGAAUAGGUAUACGUCCAAGCUCUGUGUACGGUCUAGACUCUCAGCACUGGGGGGCUGCGCAGCUGCACUGUGCUGUAUAUGCAGAGAGUGCAGCCGCAGCUAUAAUAUCACUGGACCUGCUCUGCGGCAGCUAUUGUAUACUCUGGAGACGCUGGCAAGUCAGUGACCUGACAAGACUGACAUUCCCGCAGCACCUAGUAAUGAUUAUCCAGUGAUGAUUGCAUUGCAAUACACUAUUUAUGUGUCCAGUCUGCUGUCUAGGCACGGACAGGCAUCCUCCAGCUAUCAGGCUCUUGUGGCAGUGCAAGUCUCUGCUUGCUGGGACUUGUAGUUCCACAGCAUCUUGAGAGCUGUGAGUUGCCUUUCUCAAGAAUGAGGUUCUCUGAGAUUCCGCUGUUACUUUUGUCCUUGUAAUAAACUUAUUUCUUUUAUUA